GGGAAAUCCAGAGCAACCCAGGGAUGGAUAACAGUAUACCCAACUAACCACAGUUGCGACCCGACCAAGACAAGAGUAGUCAUCCUUGUCAACAGAUCAAUCACCACCAAUGCCUGGUCCAGCAUCCCACUGGACACUCAGGAUGCUAUUGCUAUCGAAUUA